UGGCCCACACAUCACAAUUUUAAUUUAAAUUGCAAUUGGUCGUGUUGCUGCGCUGACGCCUUCCAGCGUAUAAAAGAAAAUCAAAUUUUUGCCCCCGGCUAGCUAAUAGUUGUUGACAUCACUCGUUAUUUGCCGUUCAUUGUUGACGCCCCCGUGCAAAGGCAGCAACAACAACAGCGAUUCCCAAAUAUUGCAGCACCAGCAACAACAACAACAAUUGGAGAACGAAAGAAGACCAACAAGUGCGCGCACGCACACACACACACGACAGGCGCACACGGAUACACUCACACAGUGAAGCUAUUGCGCUUUUAGCACCAAUUGAAAGUGAAUUGCAAGUGAAAAUAGACGCAAAGUGGAACGAUUUCAGCAAAUUGUUGCACACGAAAAUAACAAAACAGCUGUGCGCCUUAAUUUUUUGUUGUUGUGUUUUAUUGUUGUUGUUGUCUGCGCCGCGUGUGGCAGCAGCCGGAGUGGAAGAGAGAGAGCGUUAGCCGCUGCAAUAACUGCAUUUGAGUGCGAGUGAAAAGGAGCAGGAGAGCGACAUCAUCAUGACCGACCUCAACGAGCUAAUGGGAUCCCCUUUUGUGCGUGUGAAGCUUGUGGCCUUUGUGCACUUCUUCUUCAUCUCGAAUGCCAUGCUAGGAAGUUGGGGCCACGGGGCGUAUGAGUUCUACAACUUUCUAUUCCUGAUCGCCAUGUUCUGGUCGAUGCACAGCAAGGACUCCAUCGAAGCGAUCCAAACGGCGCUCGUCAUCAACGCUUCUAGCAUUUUUUUUGAUAUAGUCAGCAUUUCUCUUCAUUUCGGCAUUAUGAAUGGCUGGGCCAUUGCGUUCAGCAUCAUCAACCUGAUACUGCGACCGGUGAGCGUGGCCCUGCUCUACAAGGAGUUCAACACGAGGGGCGGCACACUGCCGACGGGAUCGGUCUUCCCAACUAGCCAGCAGCGCAGCUACCAGGACAUCGAUCGGCCCACACAGCCCACACCGACCAACUCGCAGCCCGGUCCGAAUGUGGCCAGCAUCUUCUAGGCUCUCCAAGACAACCCUUCCAAGUACCUAGACACACCACUACGAUAAUAGACAGCGGAUUCCGCAGGGGAUUCUGCGAUGGAACAGCAAAGACAACCCAUAUGUAGAAAGACUUGACUAGUCAGUGUCGCUGCCGAAAGUAAUCAGAAAAUGUCCGUGAAUGCGAAUCGAAAUUUUAUACAUACAUAUACAUAAAGUGUGUUGUUUUUUUUUUUUUUUGAGCGUUGUUUUGUUAGUGCAAUAUUGUGAGAGAGACAACGAUUAAGGUUAAGCAUUGUAGUUAAAUACGGCAUCGGAAUUACAUAAAGAAACGUGUAUGUGCGUGUUUUCCUUGUCCCAUAUACACAAACCUUUUUUUUUACGUUGUUAACGAAUAAAGUCGGCUAAUCAAAACAUUAAAGAUACACAUAUAUAUAUAUAUAUUUAUAUUCGUAUUUGUAUAACAAAGAUUGCAAUUCUACUUUAUAUAGAUAACGUUAACGCUAACUGUAAACCCAACAGAAUAUUCGAAAAAUAAAAAGCGGGCGUCAUCGUUUGUAAAACAAUAAA